GAAAAAAAAAAAAAAAACAGAAGUCUUUCCAUUCUUGCUCACUAACUUUAUCAGUCAAAGAUAUCUGCGUUUAAUUAAGAAUUGAUCUAAUAUUAUUUGAAAAACUAGAUUAGAGUAGUCAACAUUGGAAAGGGAGAAUUAGGACCACGAAGACAGACUUGACUAGUAAUUUGACACGAUAUUGGAAAAGAUUUUUUGCACAGUGUUCAACCAUGGACAGAAAACCUCUGUCAACCUCUGUGUUCAACCAUAGAAAGUAAACACGUGUAGGUUGCGUCAUCAGAGUGCGACGCAGCAUCAGAAUGCUGACAUGGCCGCGUCCGUGGAGCUGAGACUCACUUUAUGGAUCUGUUUUGUGUUUAUUUUGGGGUUUUCUUCGGUCACCGCGCUCAUCGAGGGACUGUAUUGCGGGACUCAGAGUUGCUAUGACGUGCUUGGGGUUUCGCGUGAGUCCAGUAAAGCGGAGAUCGGUCGCGCGUACCGCCAGCUGGCCCGAAAAUACCACCCGGACCGGUACCAGCCCGGAGAGACCGGAGACACCCGCGAGACCGCGCAGCAAAAGUUUCUGCUCGUCGCUACCGCUUACGAGACACUCAAGGAUGAAGAGUUACGUAGGGACUAUGACUACAUGCUGGACCACCCGGAGGAAUAUUACAGCCACUACUACACCUACUACAGGAGAAGACUUGCUCCCAAAGUAGACGUUAGGAUAGUGAUUCUCGUAACUAUUUGUGCAAUCUCACUGUUUCAGUAUUACAGCUGGUGGAGUAGCUACACAGAAGCCAUCAACUACCUGAUGACCGUUCCCAAAUAUCGCAUCCAAGCCGCCGAACUGGCCAAGCAGCAAGGGCUCCUGAACCGAACCAAAGAGAAGGGGAAGAACCGGCGAUCCAAAGAGGAGAUCCGCGAGGAAGAGGAGCAGAUUAUCCGCGACAUCAUCAAGAACAAGAUCGACAUCAAAGGUGGCUAUCAGAAGCCCAACGUCUCCGACAUCCUGCUGUGCAAGAUCAUUCUGUUCCCAUACCAUCUGUGCACCUUCGUGGCGUGGCACUGCUCCUGGUUCUACCGCUUCUCCAUCCGUGGGGAGGAGUACGGGCACGAGGAGAGACUGUACAUCAUCCGCAAGAACAUGAAGAUGUCGCAGGCUCAGUUUGACAGUCUGGACAGCGGCCUGAUAGAGACUUUCCUGAAGCAGCAGCUCUGGAUCAAAGACAACUAUGAGGCCUACCGAGAGGAGCAGGAGGAGGAGAUGAAGAUGAAGAUGGCCACGGACUCGCGAUGGAAACGCUACAGGCGCUGGAUGAGGAGCGAGGGUCCCGGACGUAUCACUUUUGCAGAUGAUUGACCACACACACACACACACACAGUGUGUGUAAAAACACUCGUUUACAAUGGACUGGCGAUGUGCACCUGAUUUAUAAGGAUGCCUUUUCUCAGAUGAUAUAAGACUGUAAAGGCGAUUUGAUUGUACCUAUGGAGGGUCAUGUGACGUCUCCAUGUGCAUAAGAGGAUCAUUUGAGACCGUUUUUUUGAAAAAUAACCGUCUUAAAACAUCAUGUUGUUGUUAAACCCGGACGAAUUUAAUCACAGGCUAGAGAAACGGUUUGUAAAAUGCCACAUUUCAUUCACUGAAAGACUGCGUCUGUUCUUUCUUCUACAUGUCUGCUAUAAAUGUUGCGUCUAAUCCUAUGCUGUAUCUCCAAGCCUUUUAUUUGCAUAUAUAAGGUCAUAUCUAAUUGUUCCGUUACAUGGUACUUUAAUAAAGUUUUAUAUUAGAAUAUUA